AUGGGGAGUGGUGCUUCUAGAACCUCAUCCAAUCAUUUUAAACCUCAUCAUCCCAAUCACCACCGCCAUCACAAUGAGGACAAUCACUCUCUCUUGAUCAUGGAUAAUGACUCAAAGAUUGAGCUCGUUAUUGAGGGAGUAUCAAGCACUCCUCAGAGUGCUGGAAAUGGAACAAUCCGAAGUAGUAUUGCAACACCACAGCGACAUCAACAACAACAACAACAACGCCACUCGCAAGGUCGUCUCAAUAGCGUUUCACGCUCGGUCAGCAGUAGCAGGAGAGGUUCCAUCAAACCAAACGGCACCGUUGAAAUAAGCAAGUCCAUGGAUGCUGAUUUUCUAGAUGGAUCUGUAAGCGCUCGACGGCAGUCUGAGUAUAGAUCUCUCUCUGCGAGCAAUAUAACAAGAGCGUCCCUAGUUACAAUGCUAGGACGAUCCUUCUCGACUCGGCAUGCCGGAGAUCAUGAUGAAGAUGACUCCUUUAUAGGGUCCAUGCUUCGAGACAAUAGUACACAGUCUCUCAGUGCCUCCUCAUUGCUUAAGGGAGACGAUUUAUUGAGCUUUCAUGGCGACAUUUUAUUAGAUGGAAAACCAUUACUGGUUAGUUUAAUGAUCAACAAUAUGGAUGAAUUAGUAAUAUUUACAUCAGACUUGAAAUCCAAAUUUUACGUAUAUGAAACUUCUUACCAAAGGUUUUUACAACGGUUUUACAGCAAUGACGAUUCCGCCGCAUCACUGUCGGCCCAAUCUCGACACAGAAGAAUGCUAGAUAUGUUAACUUCUGCUUUUAGCUCUCAAAGCUAUUCUAUUGCUUCUGACUUGGAAGCCUCCUCGUCCUUAAGAAUGACCCUUACUCUAAGAUAUCCUCCUGAAGACAUUGAUAAGACUGUCAUUUUCAGGUUAUUUGAACAUGUUCCUGAUUUGACGGAUUUAUCGAGUCAAAUGGUGAACAGUUCUUUUUGUAAAUUGGUAACUUCGUUUUAUGCUUAUUAUCAGGGAUUUUCAAAGCAUGUCCGAGCUACUUUUCAUCGUACCAACAUUGUCCCUAGUUUUGCUGUAAACACAGACUAUGGAACUGUAGGACCAUUAGAAGAGAGUGGAAACAGUGAGCCCUCAGAAGAUGGUGUUGUUCGAAUAGAGAAGGAUGACGAAGACAAGCAGAACCCGACAAAAACACACAACACCUCUACACCUCCUACAUCUUCAAUCGAACCUCUUACUCCCACAACACAAAAUACCACAUCAGAUAGAGUUAAUCUCAUGUCUGUGAUACACCCACAAGAUUCUAUGUUGAUGUCCAACCCACAAGACCCUAUGACCACCUCCUUGUCACUGCAGCAACCUGAAGAACCUCCCACCUUACAAGUUCAAGAAGUCAUAAAAUUCUUGCAACAGAUACUACAAAAUGAGUCAAUCACAUGUAUAGACAAACCAAAGCUCUUUCUGGUAAUUCAAACAAUUGCAAAAACGUUAGAUGUUUCAGAGGAGGAGCCAAAACCUGCUCAAGUAAGCCAUGACACCGAAGUCAAUGCAUUCAUUUCCACUUUUGUCAAACCAAGAACAAGAGAAAAAGCUGGAUGGAAAACCAUUGCAAAUUUAAUACGAGUAGGAAAUAUUUUCAAAAGACAACCCAUCGAAGGUGCAUUAUCGUUACUUGAAAGUAAUCCUGAUGUCCAAGAGUGCAUGAACAAUAUUGAACGAUAUGAUUUUGAUAUUUUUGUUUUGAAUGAUGCCUCUAAAGGUAAUCCUCUUUACGUUGUGGUUCAUUACUUUUUGAGGAAGUACAACUUGAUAGAACAUUUUAACAUUGACAAAGAAAUUUUACACACUUUUUUACGACAUGUCGAACUCAACUAUGGUACAAAUCCUUUUCACAAUCACAUUCACGCUGCAGAUGUUUUACAUACUUUCAUGUUCAUUCUGGAAACUACAGGAAUCAUACCCUUGCUGUCCUUAGAAGAAUUAUUGGCAGUGAUUUUGGCUGCUGCUGUACAUGAUUUUCAACAUCCAGGAACAACAAACCAAUUCCAAAUUCAGUCAUGCUCUGACCUUGCAAUUACGUAUAACGACAAAUCGGUUCUUGAGAGCCACCACGUAGCAUCUUUUUAUGACCUGCUAAAGAAUGAAAAAUAUAAUAUUUUAAAAGGGCUUACGCCAAAGCAAAGGAGAUAUGUCAGAGAAAUAGUGAUUGGUCUGGUAAGCGCUACAGACUUAUCUUUUCAACAGGGCUUCAUGAAUCAAAUGCAAGCAAUGAUGGACGUAGGAAAGCAAACCUCAGAUUUGGAGCAAGAGAAAAUUUUCUUUUUAAAGAUGUGUCUAAAGGUUGCCGACACUUCUAACACAUCCAAACCUCUAUUUUUACAUCUGCCUUGGAUUAAUAGAUUGCAACAAGAAUUUUUCUUACAAGGUGACAAAGAAAAGGAACGUCAAAUGGAUGGUAGCCCGUUUAUGGACCGAGAAAAGAGCAACGUUGCUAAAUGUCAAUAUUCUUUUAUUGAAUAUGUUACCUUACCAUUAGUAACCUUAUUUGUGCAAAAAUUUAAGGAGUGUCAUAUCAUACUGGAAUAUUCAAUUCUUGUAAAGGAGUUUUGGGCUUCUCAUAUUGGAGUGACUACCCUAGCAGAGGUUGAGCAAUUAAUACGGAAAGAGUUUGAAAAAAAUGGACGAGAGCCUUCAUACAGCCAUCUCAAUAUUUAUCCAAUCAAUCCUAUCGCUCCUAUGCAUAAUUAA